UGCACCAAAAGGUGUUUAAUUCGCCAACAAAAACGAAAAGAAGAAAUCAACAUGGCGGUGCCCUGCAACGAAUGUGUUGGAAAACUGGAAUUCUCCCUGCUUGUCCCGUUCCCGUCGGCUCGAGAGGCUAACAUUGCGCUGCAGUCUCUGUUACCAGACCGUGAGCCACGCAAAGGCGGAAUCAGCAAGGAGCUGUCUGUUUCAGACAACGCUAUGUCUGUGAAGUGGACAGCAGACGAAGCUCGGAUCCUCCGUGUGUCUGUUGGGUCGUUUCUGGAUCACCUGGCCCUCGUUUUGGAAACCAUGGAGGAGUUUGGCCCCCCAGUUACCCUGUAACAUCCUCUCCGCAGUCUAGGGCAUAACUCCCUUACUGAGUACAGAGAGCCAAGUCAAACAGGACUGCUUUACAUUAUUGCGGGUCGUGUUUGUCAUGGCUCUACCUCUCUGACUGUAACCGAACGGAUGGUGAGGGAAAAGAAGGAUGGAACAGGAGGAAGAGGGAACAACCAACAUUUAAAAGGGGAGAGGUGAAUGUGGAGUAAGUGUAGUGGUCUCACACAGGCUGCUGGGAAGACUGACUCUUCCGCAGGAGUGCUGGAGGCACCAGAAUUUUCUAAACGGCUGAUUGAUUGUCCCCACCUGUGCAGUCUUCUUUAAACAGAAGGCACCUCUUAAACUCACUUUUUGUAAUUUUCUUUGAAUAAUAACUGGGUGUCAUUUUUGUUGGUAUGUAAAUAUAAUACAGAACAAUAUUUUAUACUGAAUAA